CAAUAUUCCAGUCAGUAAAGUGCAUCCAGAGAAGUUUCAAGUUCAUACCUAAAAUGAAGACGGGAAUAAAAGUGUCAGUUUUUAUAUUUUUGACUACUGUUUGUGGAAUUUAUAGUCAAUUAAGUUGUACUUACUAUGAUAAGCAAUAUUAUGGCUAUGCCUGCAAUUUGACAAUUACCAAUCCAACUGGACUUAAUAAUUUCAAGAGAAUCAGUGGACGACAUUUGUCUGGAAAGACUAACAACGAUGUAAAGUACAUAACUUCCAAUUCUGCAUCUUUUACUACAAUUGUUCCAUCGUUUAUCUGCAAAACGUUCAAAAAUUUAACAAGCAUUGAGCUAAGAUCAAUGGGAAUCCAACACGUCGAUGAAAAUGCAUUUAAAGAUUGUCAUGAGCUUCAAGCUUUGGAUUUAUAUAACAACAAAAUUUCCAGAAUUGAUGAAAAAGCUUUCGAAAAUAAUCAAGGACUAGCAACUUUGUAUCUUUAUCAAAACCAACUGUCGGAAUUGCCAGAAAAUGUGUUUUUAAAUCAACAAAAUUUAAUUACCUUGUGGCUUGAUAACAACUACUUUACUUCCUUCCCAAAAAAGGAGUUUGCACCGUUGAAAAGUUUAAAUAAUUUAGAUUUGCGUGGCAAUCGAAUCAGAAACAUCACCGAUGAUUCAUUUGAGAACCUUAAAAGUAUUAAAUAUUUGUAUUUACAAUCCACACAAAUUGAGGAACUUCCAAAAAAUGUUUUUAGACAUUUGAAAAGCUUAUCAACACUUUCAUUAAGCUACAAUAAGUUGAAAGUUAUUCAUUCGUUAGGAUUUUUACCAAAUUUGACAGAAAUUGAGCUUUCAGAUAAUCAACUUCAAGCUGUUGAUGAAAAGCUUAUUGACAAUACCGGUGUGAAUAGAUUCUCUUUUGGUGGAAACUUGUGUGCAAACUUUGUUAUCACUGAUAACUCAGCUUCGAGAGCACUUUUGAGAAGUGGACUUCAAAAUUGUUUUAAUAAAUAUAAUCAAGAAUUUGCUUAUGAAACCACAACUCCUGAUACAACAACUGAAUCACCCUCAAACUCAGGAUGCAACAGUACAAAUUUAAACAAAAGGAUCUGCAAGCUUGAAGAUGACAAUGACGGAUUCAACAGUAAACUAGAAGACCUACAAAGCCAAAUUCAAUAUUUAAUUUCAACAACUGAAGAUUUAGAAGCAGAUGUUGAAAAUUUGACAGAACAAAACCAAGAGCUAGCUGAAGAAAUUGACAAAAUUAUUGGAGAAAAGCAAGAUUUGGAAGAAAAAUUUUCUGCUGCAAUUGAGGAAUUGCGUGAUCAAGUUGAGGAACUUUUUUCUUUCAUUAGCUCUCGUGGCGAUAUUUAAUUUUUUUUUAAAAAAAAUAUUGUUUUACUAAAAUUGUCGAUGAUUUUCUUAUAAUCUUAUAAAUGUAAAUAGUUGAGUUAUUUACUUUGUAGCUAUGAAGUCGCGAAAUAGACGUAAAUAAAAAAGUCGUCGUUUACUUAUGACGUCCGAUAUUAACAGCUAUUUUUCAAAAAAGAACAAUGGAAUUCC